GACAGACCAAAAUGGGGCUGUUCCCCUUCACUUGGGCGUUUGGUCACGAACAGCCUGCGGUGGCUUGGUAUCUGCUCGGCGUUAAAGGACACAAUGGUGCUGGACAACAAAUUGCAUGGUCGACAAAACCGGUCAGGCGCGUGGAUGAGGUCAUUCGAGCAGCAAGGUUGUUGCUAGGGCAUCAUUUGGCAGCAAAACAUCUCAAGCUUUUCUAUCU